AUGCAUAACUACUCUAAAAUUAUAAAAAAUCUUAAAUCAGAAGAAAUUGAUUAAGAAUAUGAAAGAAUUAGAAGUCAAUCAAAAGAUAGAAGUUAUAGUACAAAAACUAGUAAUUAUGAAUCUAAUAAAACAUCAUUUUAAGAAAAUAUAUCCCUCAAAGUAUUUGUUGAAUAUUAUUCUUCUAAGAAUUAACUCUAUAUAUUAUAGGAAUAAUUGAAUAAUGAAAAAUAAAGAACAAAUUAAUUAGAAGCUGUAAUAAAAAAGUUAAAAUCUUCAUUAUUUGAAUAAGAUAAGUAUGUUAUAUGAAUAUUUUUUGAGUAUCGAGAGAUUUGUUGUCUAAAUGUGAAUAAAAAAUUUAGGUUUUAAUUGAAAAAGAUCAUUUAAUUAAGUAAUUGUAAGAAUAAAUGAAAUGCUUACAAGCAAACAAUGAAAAUUUACAGACUACAUUAUCAGAAUUUUAAGAAGUAUAAAUUAAUUAUAUUUACAGUUAGAAUUAACAAUAAAUUAAUUGACAUCUUCCUAUAAUUCUAUAGCUCCUAACAUGUUAGAUUAAUAAUCUAUACUAGAAUAAUGUUUGGAUUAUUUGAAUUCUUUAAAUAAAUUGAUAAAUCCUAUUUUAUAUGGAUCUACACCUUAACUUUAAGAUCUUUUUAAAACUAAGCAAAAAUAUAAAUUAAGGAAAAAAUUCUAAAUUUCUGGAUUAUGCGAAAAUAAUAUGAAGUAUAUUUAGGAAAUAGAGAAAUAAUUAGUGAGCAUUCUAGAGUUAAUUGAUUAAAAAUAUAUAAAUGAGCUAGCUUAACAUAUUAAAUGA